CUCACCAGUAAGAAAAAUUACAGAAGUAAACAAGUCUGCAUGUACCACAAAUUCUUUAGAAAGUUUUAGUGAGGCAUCGAAUUCACGAUUACAGCAAGAUGAUUUUAUUUGUGAAAAUAAUCAAACGCUCGGCAAUGCUAAUGACAUAGGUUAUUUUGUAGAAUGUUUAUCUUUAACAGAUGCUGAUAAAAAGCUUGUGCUAACUAAUCUAUGGGUACCAGAUGUUGAAUAUAAAUUCCCAUUGCUUGCAAAAAAUGAAAAACGUGGCUUAAGAUUUCAGCAUAAAUGGCUAAAAGAAUUUAAUUGGCUGGCGUAUUCAAAUGUCAAAAAUGGGACAUUCUGUAAAUACUGUGUACUGUUUGCAAAAAAUUGUGGUGUUGGAAGCCAGCCUUUGGGUAGCCUUGUUACUGUUGCUUUCAGCAACUGGAAGAAGGCAAAAGAGACUUUUCGGGCUCGUGGAAGUUUGAAAUAUCAUACAUUGUCUGUUCUAGACUCUGAACACUUUUUAAAAUAAUAGAAAAAAAGGAACUGUCUAUAAUAGAACGCAUAGAUAAUAAUAGAAUGGUACAAAUUGAAGAAAAUAGAAGGAAAAUAGGACCAAUUAUUGAGUGUAUAAUUCUAUGUGGUAAAGAAGAGUUGGCUUUGAGAGGACAUAGAGAUUUUGGUGAUAUCUUAGUAGAUGAUGAUUCAAGGCAAGGCCAUGGUAUUCUCAAGUACAGAGCAAAAGGAGAUGAAUUUUUGCGUAAUGUUCUUGAGGGUUCAGGGAAACGUAAUAAAUAUACGAGUCCAAUUAUACAAAAUGAAAUAAUUCAGUCAUGUAACACAAUUUUACUAAGGAAACUAGUUAAUGUGAUUAAUAAAUCUAAAUGUUUCUCUGUUCUGGCUGAUGAAACAACCGACAUAUCGACUAAAGAGCAACUCAGUAUAUGUGUUUGAUAUAUUGAUAAAAACAAUAAGUUGCAUGAGAACUUUUUACGAUUUUUUGAAAUUGAUAGCUUGACUGGUUAUGACUUGGCUAACUCAAUAUUAAAUGGCUUAAACAGAUGUGGAAUUGAUUGCAAUUAUUUAUAUGGCCAAGGCUAUGAUGGGGCCAGUAAUAUGGCUGGUCGAUUUAAAGGAGUACAGACUAUUGUGAAAUCUAAAUACCCCAACGCUAUAUAAUAUGUACAUUGUGCAGCACAUUCGCUGAAUUUAGCUGUUUCAACAGCUAGUGGCAUAAAACCUAUCAGAAAUUGUUUGGGGGUGAUCGAAAAAGUUUAUAAUUUUUUCAAUACCCCUAAAAGAAAUUCUGUUCUUUUAAAUACCAUUGAGAAUUCAAAUAAUGCACCCCAAGUAAAACAACUCAAACGGCUUUGUGCUACUCGUUGGAUUCAACGUUAUGAUUCUGUAAAUGAUUUUUCUGAACUAUUUUCAUUUGUUCUCAAUGCGUUAGACAUUAUAUCUGAUUGGAAAGAAUCAACAGAUGCUGAAAUGCUUCAGAAAGCGUUAAAAGAUUCAGAGUUUAUGAUUUCUUCGAUUGUUAUAAAGGUAUUAUUUUCUUAUGGACUUCCGCUGUGUAAACAAUUGCAAAAAGUUCAAAUUGAUUUGAAAAAGACAAUACUCAUAGUAGAAAAUGUAAUAGCUACUUUAAAAUGUAUCAGAGAAAAUAAUGAAAUAGAAUUCAAAAUUAUCUAUAAUAAUGUCAAAAAAAUGGCAGAUGAUGUUGGAAUUGAAUUGCUAGAGAAAAGAAUUUCUUCUAAACAAACACAUAGAGCUAAUCCAAAUUUACAAAAUCAUUCUACCGAACAAUACUAUCGUGUAACAGUAUUUUUACCAUAUAUUGAUUACUUUAUAUCACAACUUACUGAGCGUUUUAUAAAUCAUAAAAGUAUUUUUGAAGGGUUCGAUUGCAUUUUUAAAACCCAGCCAUUGCCACUAGAGAUAAAUGACCGAGAACAAUUUAAUAAGCUUGUGAACAUAUAUUCACCCGUUGUAGAUAAAUUCAAUAGCAUAGCCGAAUUCAAUAUGUGGAAAACAAAACUAUUUACAGAUAAUAUCAUUCUUAGUUCAGGAUUACAGGCAUUAGAAAUUUGUGAUAAAGAAUUUUAUCCCAACAUUUACAUGUUGAUAAAAAUAUUUUGUACGCUUCCAGUGUCAACAACAACUCCUGAACGAUCAUUCUCUAAUUUAAAAAGAAUUAAAACUUAUCUCAGGAAUAGUAUGAAUGAAACUAGACUGAAUGGCUCUAUUAGCAUGCCAUACAGAAACAAAGAUUACACCAGAUGAAGUCAUUGAUGAAUUGUCUCUGAAAAAUAGAAGACUGGAGUUUGUUUUGUAAAAUCACUGCAAAUAAAUGGCUAUAUGUGCCUAUGUGUUAUAUAUACCUAUGUAGAUAAUAGAUAUCAAUGAUCAAUAUAAUUAUAUGAUAUUUUACAUUUUUACAGAACAAAUUAUUAAUUAGCUAAAUAUUUUAUAAAUUUAUUUCAUUGUGUUGAUUAUUAUAAAUCUAUAUUAAGCUA